CGAAGGUCGGCGGAUUCCCCCACUCGUGGGGGAUAAACCCCCGGUGGGACGGCUCGGGGCGCACGUCUGUUCUGAUGCGUUCUGCGAGAGAGAAGAGGGAGAAGAUGGAAGCCGGCAGCGAUUCCGACGCGCCGGAGGAGAUCACGGCGGAGGAGGGUAUUAAGCAAGAUGAAGAAAUUCAAACAGUCCGCAGAGAGAAUAUUAUGAGGGUGGCUCAGGAAGGCAAAGAGCGGAGGAGGCAGUGGGCACAAAGAAAAGCACAACCAAAAUCAAGCAAGGAGCACACUGUAGAAAUUAAAGAGAUGGAACAACAGCAGGAGGCACCCUAUAUCCCAGGAAUGCUUCCAAGCAAUAUCGUUGAAGCUCUUGCAGCGCGUGAGAAGCAAACCUUCUCAUCGGACUCCGAGGAAGAGAUCAUAGAUCAUCAACCUACCACAAGAAAGAAAAAGCAGAAGUCCUCUGGGCCUGAAACAGUUAUUUUAAAAGAGAUCCCUCCUGCCCGAUGCUUGCAGAAUUCCAUGGAGUUUCUGAAGAGGAGAAAGAUGCGGGUCCCCAGAUCAACCUCUGUUCUGAAAAAUGCAAAUCAGGCAUUGCGCCUCCUUUCAUCGCAAGGCAGCUUAUUUAGCAAGAGUUGAAUGUGUCUUCUCUCUUGCGCCAUGGCUCCCUCUUGGAAAUCCCCGAAAAAUUCUAAUUGCAAGCGCCAUCACUAUAUAGUUCACGUGCUAUGGGUUUUUGGAAUUUAUUGAUGAUUCUAUUGGUGUUCGAAGAUUUUGUUCUAUAUAUGUUUUGACAAAUGUAUCUAAAACUUGAUUGCUACAGGAUGUUUGAGAGUUAGCAUUGUAGCAUCUCUUGUCUGGUUAAUUAUGAACACCUUGAAAUCUUGAAUUCUAAACAAGGGUAUUUAGUUGCUGAGCCUUUGAAAUGA